GAAAGAUCAGGCGGGGCGGCGGGAAGAUGGCGGCGCCGGCGGUUGCCGGGCGGGGGACGCGGGCUCCGUGAGGGGAUGGCGAGGCGGGCGGCGCGCAGCGGCUGAGGCACCUCCCCCGCGGGCCCCGCGCGCUCCUGUCGGUCGGUCCCAUGAGCGGGGCGGGCGGUCUGGCGUGGCGCGCGCUGCACGCGCUGGUGCGCGCCUUGCUCUGCCUGCAGCGCGCGCUGCUCGCGUGCCUGCGCGGCCGCGCGGCCGCCGCCGCCGCCACCUCCUGCGCGCUCCUGGCGCCGGCCGCCCGCGCGCUCGGGUUCCGCGAGGCGCGCGCGGCCUGGCGGCGGCGGGGACCCGCGCGCGGCGGGGCGGCGCGCGGACGGCAGCGGUGGCGCGCGGACGGGCGCGCCCUGCGGAAGCUGCCGGUGCACGUGGGGCUGGUGGUGACCGAGGAGGAGCCGAGCUACGCGGACAUGGCCAGCCUGGUCGUGUGGUGCAUGGCCGUGGGCAUCUCCUACGUCAGCGUCUACGACCAUAACGGUAUUUUCAAGAGGAAUAAUUCAAGAUUGAUGGAUGAAAUUUUAAAACAGCAGCAAGAGCUCUUGGGACUAGAUUGCUCCAAGUACACCGUGGAAUUUGCAAAUCAUGACAAAACUGGUCAAGUUUUAAAUUGCCAAUCUACAUUGAAGGUGCUGUCCCCAGAAGAUGGAAAAGCGGACAUAGUCAGAGCUGCUCAGAACUUCUGUCAGUUGGUAGCACAGCAGCAAAGAACACAUUCAGACCUGGAUGUGAAUAUGUUAGACAACUUAUUAAGUAGUACAAAUGGAUUUCCUGAUCCUGAUUUAGUCUUGAAGUUUGGUCCUGUGGACAGCACAUUAGGAUUCCUUCCAUGGCACAUCAGACUGACAGAAAUCAUUUCUUUGCCUUCCCACCUAAACAUCAGCUAUGAAGACUUUUUCUCUGCCCUCCAUCACUAUGCAGCCUGUGAGCAACGCUGGGGAAAGUGACUUCGGGCUGAGUGCAUGGAGUCAGGCUUUCUGUGGGAAGGAUUGAUGUCUGUUUACAAGCACCUGCGACCCAUAAGUCUGGUUCAUAGUCCUUUCUUAAUUUAUCAAAAAAAUUCAAUAAAGUGUCUUACCUUUCUAGAGA